GAAUGUGUGCUUUGCAGAUUCACACCAGCUGAACCAACCGUUCAUGUUCCGGCUGCGGAUGGUGGGACAUUUAACAUCUUGGACGGUGGCUGACUGACACAGAGUCUGGAUGUUCCUGUCAAGAUGGCUUUUAUUCGAUAGCAAGUCCCUGACGUAUCGUGCCGGUUCACUUUGAAUUUCCCAAUUUCCCUCUCAUAGAACCAUUCUUCUUUGCUCCCCUGCGUUUCUACUGUCGGCCUUUUUCUGUUCUGCCGUACAAUUAUCAAAAUGGUUGGUCGUCGAAUUAAUUUCACACCUAUACACCAAGACCAUGACCAUUUCAGAAGCGGCCUCUACCAUGGAUGGCAUAGCCUGAGCAGCCAGGGAAAACCGAGAGACUAUGGAGAAUGGGCCCUAGCGCUGAUCGGUGAUUCCUCUAAUCAUGACAAGCUCAGGACAGCACUGAGGGAAGAGGUUCUUGAUGAGAACCUUCAUUCGAUGAUCGAGAACCUGUUCCUGGGCCUCCAUGAACUUGAAAGGGAGCGGUCAACAGAUCAUGUAGUCUCGAAAGGUGAAAGAGACUUAGAAUGGAUCCUCCAAGAAGAAAACAACCUGAGACAAAGCAUUGCUGAUGCGGAGAGCAAUCUAAAAUCGGAGUGGCUGUUUAUGGCAGCCCGCGCCAUGGAUUCUCUGACUCUCGCGAUGGAUCAGAUGUGUGCUGCGGCUGCAAGGUUGAGUGCGCCGCUAGAUGAUGUUAACUGGGCGUUUGUCCGGUUGUGUUUUUCGGAUUCAUCAUGUGCAUUUGAGCUGGCGGAUUUGACUGUUGACGCCAUGUUAGAGCUAGUUGCGCAUUCUCAGGAGGAGGUCGUCGAUUUAUGGAGUCGGGAAUCGUCAAAAAUCCGUAAAACGAUCAGUGAUACUCUAGUCGAUAUUCACAACGAUGAGAGCUUGCAGAGCAAAAGAAUCGAGGAAGAGGAAUCAGAGAUUGAGAAGAGAGAACGCAGUCUCCAGACAUUUCGCGAUACGCUGAGUACACUAGAGAAGAAAAAGCACGAAUGUCUAGCGCAAAGUGGCGAGAUUAAUCGUCGGAUGCAACAGGUGAACGAGCAAAUCGAGUCGACAGGUCGUCGCAUUGGUGAAUUAAGAAGACAGCAGGCCGACCAGCGCAGAACCUUGCAGCAGUUGAGGGACUUGGAACGUAUGGUCACGGCAUCCAGCUCCUACCUAAAUCAGAUUCAGGAACUCCAGGACUCCUUUAAUGCUGGUGUCGUCGCUCUGAAGAAAGUCCUUCCUGUGGUUACCGGUGAGAUGAGGUCCUUGCACAGCGCAGAGAUUAAUACUCGGGAAGGUGAUUCGAAAAGACGGAUUGCAGCCAGGCUACUCCAGGGUGGUGCUGAGAAGGCCCUCUUCUGUCCGCAGUUGGUACCUUACGCUCAGCAGAUCCAUGACUUGGUGAUGGUCGCUUACAAUGGCACAACCACCUUGCCGGACGAUGUGAAAUCAGCCGCCUUGGAGCUUGAAGGAAAACUUGGAAAUCCUGUCCCAGCAUUUCCUCUUGGACUUCCGGUCGACUAUUCGGUCUUAAAGCCCAAAAAUAGAACUCCAAUGAAACCUCAACAGAGAGAAUUGGACUAUCCGGUCAGCCACGGGUCGCUUGUUGCCUUUUAGCGGGUUUACCCUUAGCCUGGUCUAUGGAAUAUAACGGAAUUAUGGCUAGUAUGUUUAGGAUCGAAUAUGAGUCGAAUGUUUAUUGUCGUCUUA